AUGGCUCAAACCGCAUCACCAACCAAAGAGGAGCUCGUCUCCGAGGUGACAAAAUACGUCGAGGCCUACAUGGCAAAAUACGACGCCUCCCACGACUUCAACCACAUCAAGCGCGUCGUCUCCCUCGCCCACCGCAUCCACGCGCAAUCUCCAGCUACGACCCCGGCCCUAGACAAACACACAAUCACCCUCUCCGCCCUCCUCCACGACGUCGGCGACCGCAAGUACCUCCAGCCGGGCGAGGACGCAUCCACCCUUGUCUCCACCCUCCUCUGCUCCCUCGGCGCCAGCCCCGACCUCGCCGCCCGCGUACAGACAAUCUGCCUCGGCGUCAGCUACUCCAGCGAGAUCAAGGAUCCGGCGCGCGUACGGGCGCUGAUUGCAGAGUACCCAGAGCUCGCCGUCGUGCAGGACGCCGACCGCCUCGACGCCAUUGGCGCCGUGGGCAUCGGGCGCUGCUUCACGUUUGGCGGCGCAAAGGGCGCGCGCAGCAUGGACGACUCCAUCGAGCACUUUGAGGAGAAGCUCGUCAGGUUGGAGGGGAUGAUGAAGACGGAUGCUGGGAGGGAGAUGGCGCGGGAGCGGACCCAGAGGCUUCUUACUUUUAUGGAGUGGUGGCAGGACGAGGCUGGUCCUGUCAGUGCCUGA